CGAWGUUCCCCCUUUGCUCACCACCUCGCUGUGACGGCGAUGUUUUGGUGAGUGGGGGGAAAAAAAUACUGCGUCGAAAACGGACGUAAACACGUUUAAAAACAUGUCGUUUCGGUCGAGCGGGACCUAAAGGCUACAUUGCCGGGGAAAGGACGGACGUCGCCGCGGCGGAGGUCUCCUCCGAGCAGCUCGUUUAUGUAUUCCUCCGCAUGUCCGCGGCUUUCUUCGUAGAUGGUCUCCGGCGAGCGUCGUCUGAUUGCAGAGCUCUCGACGAGUAACAUGAAGGAGAUGAUUGGAGGUUGCUGCGUGUGCUCGGACGAACGAGGCUGGGCGGAAAACCCGCUGGUCUACUGCGACGGACACGGCUGCAACGUCGCCGUGCAUCAAGCUUGUUAUGGCAUCGUUCAGGUGCCUACCGGUCCCUGGUUCUGUAGAAAGUGUGAAUCUCAGGAGAGAGCAGCUCGUGUGAGAUGUGAGCUCUGCCCCCACAAAGAUGGAGCCCUCAAGAGGACGGACAACGGAGGCUGGGCCCACGUGGUUUGUGCGCUUUACAUACCGGAGGUGGAGUUUGCAAACGUCUCAACUAUGGAGCCCAUCGUACUCCAGUCUGUGCCACACGAGCGCUACAACAAGACGUGUUACAUCUGUGAAGAGCAGGGCAGAGAGAGCAAAGCGGCCACCGGAGCCUGCAUGACCUGCAACAAACAUGGCUGCCGACAGGCCUUCCACGUCACAUGUGCCCAGUUUGCAGGGUUAUUAUGUGAAGAACAAGGCUCAGAUGCAGAUAAUGUCAAAUACUGUGGAUAUUGCAAAUACCAUCACAGCAAACUGCGAAGGAGCAGGGGCCGUGGUAGUAGGUCUCAAAGAUUAAGUGACUCUUCCUCUCAUUGUAUGGAUAGACCCCCAAACCAGGACAAGAAACACAAGGAACGGGACAGACACAAACCGAAACACAAGAAAGGCUCGAUGGACCUGUCGCCCUCACUUGUCCUUCCAAACAUUAUGGUUCCAGACAAGAGCUACAGCAGCAGUAACUCGGGGGGAGGCGUGACCUCGCUGCCGGUGGCCGCCUCGCAGAAGCGACUGGAGGAGAGCGCUGCCCGUUUCACCAACGCCAACUUCCAGGAGGUGUCAUCCGCUCACCCCGGCGGCGGCGGCUCCAAGGACGGCCCGGCCGCAGACGCUGGCAAGGCGGCAUCCGAGGUCAAGAACAAGAAGAACAGCGGCGGGGGUCACGCGGUGGGACAGAGGGGCGGGCGCAAGUCUUUCACCUCCUCGGGGAAACCCGUACCCUCURCCGCUGUGGUCACCAUGGCAACCUCCUCUACAUCUGCCUCCGUUUCCACGGGGCCUUUCCAUCAAGGCCUGCUGUUGACCAGCGCCAGCAAAACCCCUUCUGCCCCUUCCUCCUCCGACUUCCUAAGCUUCUCAGACUCGUCGUUGCGUGCCGGUGGUGGAACCUCUUUUUCCUCCCCACCGUCGUUCAGCAGCUGUUUGGUGAAACCGAGUUUGGAGGGGGGAGUUUCAGAGGGAACUGCAACUCUCUUUGGUUCUCUUAUGUCUGCUACUACAGCCUCUGCAGGAGUUGGUGGAAAGCUGUAUGAAAAUUCCCUCGGCCACGCAUCGAGUGAAACGACGAGCCUCUCYGGGGCGGUGGGCUACAAGCGGCCGCAGCCCUCCAGCUCAGGGCUGGGGCUCRGCGCAGCGGCCGCGGCAGCAGCGGACGACGGCGUGAAGAAGAAAAAGAAGGGCAACUGGAGAAACCGAUUCGGACCUUGUUUUACCACGGACUUGAAGCCGACGGAGGCAGCUCCAUCUCUGACKCUCCCCACCUCCUCCGCAGCCAGCCCUGCCCCCUCUUCCUCCGCUGCCUCCACUUCCUCCUCCUCCUCAACACUUUCAGGACGAUCAGGUUUGGUUUCCAGCAGCGGAUUAGGAGUGGGAAUAGGAGGAGGCGAAAGGGGGCUGGGGGUCAUGGGCAUUGCCGGUGGCAUUCAGAAGUCCCCGUCGCUCCUCAGGAAUGGAAACCUGCAGAGCAACAGCAGCUCCACCACAGCCGGAUCAGCGCUCAGCAGCACGACCUCCACGCACGUGGGGGCUCUGCCGGGCUCCGUCUUCAACCUGGCCCCCCCUCACAUGUUCGGCAACAGGCUGAACCCCAACUCCACCAUGGCGGCGCUCAUCGCUCAGUCCGAGGCCUCACCAGCAGGCGGCGGCGAGACACUGCCCCCGGUGGCCACCAGCAUCGAGCAGCUCCUGGAGAGGCAGUGGAACGAAGGGCAGAGCUUCCUGCUGCAGCAUGGAGCUCAGGGGGACGUGGUGGGGAUGCUGAAGUCCCUCCACCAGCUGCAGGAGGAGAACAGGAGGCUGGAGGAGCAGAUCAAAACUCUGACCAUGAAGAAGGAGAGGCUGCAGCUCCUCAGCGCUCAGUUAUCAGUGCCUUUCACUCCAUCAACCCCCUCCGAUGUGAAAGGAGUCCACCUCGGAGGCACAGACUCCUCUUUACCUGUGGCAGCUCAG